AGCCGGGGACACGUCCGCCACCGCACCCGGGCACUGCAUGGUCAGGCGGGACCAGGCGCACCUGGGCUCGCCAAGGCACACGGGAGGACGGUGUCUCCGCUGACCCGCUCCUGGCGCGGCUGUGCGUGCUCGAGCAAGCCCUCCCGGCCGCCCGGGCAGCGGCGGGUACCCAACGCAGCUGCACACCGAUGCCUCAAGGAUGCAGGUACGCAGCGACCAGGUCCUGCCGGCAGCACCUCUGUGCAGCAAACCAGAAACCUUGCACUGAAUUUCAGGCAUUUAAUCGCAGUGGUUUUAAAGCGCUGCGACCCAAAGCAGGAAACCCAGCUGGUGCUGCCGCUCCGAGCGGGCCUGGGGCUGGCGGUGCCCUGCGGUCCGUGCCGGGACGUGUGCGGAGGGAGCGGGGAAGGGUAUGAGGGAAGCUGUAGCAGGUGGGGGGAAGCUGGAGGUUUCUGCAGCUGUGGGUCGCUCAGCAUCUCAGAGAGCAGGAAAGGGAGCAAAGGGCGAGGGGGCUGGGAAGGAGCCGGGCCAGCAGCCCCUGCCCGGUGGAGACACGAGCUCGUGUGCGUGGAAGAGGCUGUGCUCACGGGGAGGCCGCUGCCGAAGCCGUGGGCACCGGGGCAGGGUCUGGGGCGAAGGCACCAGCCCCAGCCGAGCUCGGGCACGGCCGUAGCCGUGGGAGCCGCAGGGAGCCAAAUCAGGCGGGGAAGGUGAGCGCAGAGGCCCGGGCAUGCCCCCAUCCCUUCUCGCUCCCCGGGAGAGGGGCUGGCGGACGAGGGAGCACGCGGAGAGCGGCGCAUUCGAGCACACGCACCGUGUUGGAGAUGCUCGCUCCCUGCUCCAUGCUCAGCCUGCACCAGCCCCACGCGAACGCGGCAGAGCUGGCUUUAACCCCCCAGCCGGGGCGGUGGGAAGAGCCUCGCCGCAGCAGCGCAGCCCUGCACGGCGGUUCCUGCGGUUGCCUUGCAGAGAGCCCUGGCUGUGGCAUCAGCGCUGAGCAAGGCAGCUCAGGGCUCGGCCGGGCCCACAGCACAGCCCAGGCUCGGGAAGGGGGAGACCGGGGUUUUUGGCAGUACAGUCACACUGACGUUAGCCCCAAGAUACCUCCCAGGGGUACUGAUCUUUUGGGGAACACCUUGGUGGGUCUGGCUGGAGCCUCUUUGUCCCAGCAUCCUGCGUUAUGUGAGGAGCACGCACCUGGGAUCACUGCGGGAAAAGGGAUGUGCACAAAGGAGAAAGCUGGGCAGGGGAUGGGGAAGAGCCUGGUAAAGGAGGCCCUGCUUCUCCAGGGAACCCAAGUAUCUGAAAACAGCAGAGUGGAAAUGAAAGAACAGCCAGGCGUGGGCUUGAUUUUCCAGCCUCAACGGUGACGCUCCUUGGCUCUAGAUCAUGGACUCUCUAAGCACUCCCCUUCCCGCUGCCGAGGUCACGGAAUACAGACAGAGCAAUUCCUGCUGCCAGAUCCAAGAUGGGUUCCUGUCUGUGACGCUCCCUGUGAUGUACUCCCUUAUCUUCGUCAUCGGGCUGCUCAGCAACACCCUGGCGCUCUGGGUGUUCUCGUGCAGCGUGCAGCGGAGGACCUCCAUCACCGUGUACAUGAGGAACUUGGCUCUGUCCGACCUGCUGCUCUCUCUCAGCCUGCCCUUCCGCAUAGCUUAUCAAAACACGAGUGGGCCCCGGAUCUUCUGCAACAUUGUCGGGGCCUUCUUCUAUCUCAACAUGUACGUCAGCAUCACGUUCCUCAGCCUGAUCAGCCUGGACCGCUAUCUGAAGAUCAUCCGGCCCCUCCAAAAGUUUAAGAUUCACACCACGUCCUGUAGCACCAUGGCCUCUGGGGUGGUUUGGCUGGUGCACUCAGCUUUCAUGCUACCUUUCUUUUUUGAGACAAAAGGAAAAGGAUCCUGUGACCAUAAAUGCUUCCACUUCAGGAGCAAAAGCACUGUAGCAGCAGCCUUUAACAUGGUUGCAGUAGCCACUUUCUUUAUCCUGCUGCUGCUCUUCCUCUACUUCUACAGCAAGAUAUUUGCCAAGCUCCAUAGAGUCUCUUCAGUGAAUGCUCAGCAGCUGAACAAGAGGACUGGCAUGAAAGCCAUCACCAAGACCUUCGUAGUCCUGAUCAUCUUCAUCGUAUGCUUCACCCCCUACCACGUUGUCCGUAUUCCUUACGUCCUCGCGCAAGUGGGGGUCAUUUCUAGCCUGCCCUGGCAGCAGGGUCUCCAUCACGCUAAUGAGCUUGUGCUCUGCAUCUCCGCCCUCAACAGCUGCCUUGAUCCAGUGAUCUUCUUUUUCCUGUCCAGCAGCUUCCGGAGGGCAGUGCUCAGCACCAUCCAGGGCAGGCUGAAGAGAGCUCUCCUGCGGAACCAGGGAGCGCUGAGCUACAGCAGAUCCGUGACCGAGGCCUAGGCCUUCCAGCGGGCGCCAAGGCCUUGGGCAUACGACCUUCUCAUCAAGGGUUUGCUCUGACUGCUGGUAUUUACCAGACGAGACUUGCCAGGAAGAUGGAGGAAGAAACUGGAACCUUUUCAUGUUUCCUCCACUGGCACCGUCAGGGCUAGAGCUACCCAUGGGGGUAAAUGAAGAGGAAAAGAAUAGCUGAGGCCUCACCUAUCCACACCAGCUCUGCGCACACCGCUGAAGAGAUUAUUUCCUAGGAAGAAUGAAGGCUGGGUGUGCCACAGGAACAACCUUGGCCUAGGACCUCCACCCAGCCUAGGGAAGGACAAGGACAGAGCCCAGGACAGAGAAAGGCUGCUUUGAUGGGAGGAAGAGGAGUGAGGGGAAGAACAGGAAUGGGAAUCUGCUGUGAAUCUUUGCCUCCGCAUCGCCUCCCCACCAGAGAAAGCAAUAAAUGGGAAAAUGAGAAGAUGAAGUGCAGAAGAAUUGGGAAAAGGGGAGGGAGAAGCUGAUCAGAGCAUUACUGGGGAGCAGAUGAAUAUUUUGCUCUGUGAUGGAGCUCAGAGAUGUGCACUGCUGGGCUCGGAAGAUAGGCAUGUGAGGAAACAUCACAACUCCUGCAACCCCAAACUAAGACAACGCACGCUUUUUUUCUCAUUUUUACUGCAGUCCUUGUAACACUGUGUCAGUCUCUCUUUUCUGUAUAUUUGAACAGGUGAUUCUGGGCUUCCUUUAGCUGUUUUGCUUUGCCACUUUCACUGGCAUGUUCACACGGGUCUGGCAGCUUCCUUGCCUGGCCGCUGCACAGCACUCGUUUCGGGCUCGGACCACGCCAGGAGCAUUGCUCCAGCGGGGAUCCAUCGGCCAAAGGGGAUGCGCCACGGAAGCGCCUAAGGCUCGUGAGUCCUGUGGACCUCAGGAAUGAGUGCUGACUUUGAUGUCCCCAGGUCAACACUCACUAUGCACUGACUCGAAAUGGAGCCUGCAAGGGAUAAGGAAGUUUUUGGCCUUUAUUAUUCUUCAUUGCCCAUCCUCUUCCCAAAGAAGAGGAUAUUUCCUUACUUGGAUUUUUUUUCCCUCUCGUAUGCUCACAGCUCAUCUGUUCACUUAUUUUUAGAAGACUUCAGGCUUGGAGAAACGGACUGAUUCACACGUCAGGCCAGCAAAGCCUGGGCAGUUAGGACUGGGGAGGAUUUUCAUUCAGACUGUGAACUGUUUUAGUAGCUACCGAAUUCAAACACCUGAGGAAUACUUGGGAGAAUAAAUGUUUUGUUAAAGAUCGAA